GAGGGAAAACCGCGCUUUCGCCAUGCCCAAGCAUCCACAGCCCUCUCCAGAGGAGCCUCUGUCGACCACAACCCCGCGCAAGCAAUGCGAUACCUAUUUGCCGUCGUCUGUGCCAGCAACCAGAACCGGAGCAUGGAGGCCCACCGGGUGCUGCAGCUCAACGGAUUCAAGGUCCAGUCCUACGGCACGGGAACCUGGGUGCGACUGCCCGGGCCCUCGAUCGACAGACCCAAUGUCUAUGCCUUUGGAACGCCUUACGACGACAUCUAUCGAGAUCUGUACCAGAAGGACCCGCAGCUCUACACCCAGAACGGCCUGUUGAAGAUGCUGGACCGAAACCGCAGCAUCAAGCGGGCACCCGAAAAGUUCCAGGAGACGAAAAACCAAUUCGACGUGAUCAUUACAUGCGAGGAGCGGUGUUUCGAUGCCGUCUGCGAAGCGAUCCAGGAGCGUGCUGGGACGGCGAGCACCCCAGUGCAUGUCAUCAACAUCGAGAUCAAGGACAAUCACGAGGAGGCCGAGAUCGGCGGCGGGCAUAUCCUGGCACUUGGGAAACUGAUCGAGGACAGCGAAAACAUCACGAACGACAUCGAGAGCAUCAUCGAGCAGGUUCACAAGAAAACCAAUGUCAGCAUCAUGCACAGUCUGCUAUACUAUUAAUACACUCGAUUUCACGGCUCAGGCCUUCGCAUCC